CACGUGUAAUUGUCAUUGCACCACAAUUAGAUGUCAUUGCUCUUAAACAGGGUCAUUGCUGAUUCAUUACACUAUUGUGCAAAGUUUUUGAGAAAUAUGAGCCUCGUUACAACCCGAGGAAGAGAUACAGCUGCAAACAUACUCAAGGCAAGUGAUGGAUUGGAUGCAGUAUGGGAAUGUGCAAGACUUUUAGAGAGAGGAGGAGUUUUGGCUGUUCCCACUGAUACAAUAUAUGGUCUGACAGCAUCAGCACUUGAUACAGGAGCUAUUGAAAGGAUAUACUCAAUAAAAGGAAGAACAAAGAUGCGUCCAUUGGCUAUAUGUGUGGGAAGGAUUAACGAUAUUGAUAAGUGGGCCAUUAAUACACUGAGCACUGACCUGUUGGAUGAAUUGCUACCUGGCCCUGUGACUCUCGUCAUGAGAAGGAGGGAGUCUCUUAAUCCGUCACUGAAUCCUGCCAUAGAGACCGUUGGUGUCCGUAUCCCUCAUAGUCAUUUCAUCACUGAACUGGCUCAGCACUUUGACAAGCCAUUAGCUCUCACUAGUGCUAAUGUCAGCAAUGAGAAGAGCACUUUGGCUAUUGAAGAGUUUCAGUCACUCUGGCCUCAACUUGAUGCUGUUGUAGACGGAGGAAGAAUCGGUAAUAACAGUGCUUCAAGGGAUGGAUCUACUGUUGUUGAUGUAUCAGUGGAAGGUUAUUAUAAAAUCAUAAGACCAGGAUGUGCUUUGAUGCAGACGAGUGCACUGCUGAUGAAAUAUGGCUUAAAAGAGUCGUCAUAAUUAAUGCUGUGUUGUAUGAAUUGUAAUAAUAAUUUUAUAUUUUUAAAGGAAUGUUAAGAAUUUGACCCUCUGUCUUUAUGAAUUUAA